AUGGGCAGCUCCCCUGCUUUAGCUCCGGCGCCGCCAGCCAAGAACGUGGUCGUCUAUCGCAACGGGGACCCCUUCUUCCGCGGCAGGAGGGUGGUGGUGAACCAGCGGCGCUUCCUCACCUUCGAGGCCUUUCUGAACGAGCUGACCCGGAGCGUGGGCGCAGCCGUGGCCGUGAGGAAGCUCUACACGGCGCGGCAGGGCCGCCGCGUCGCUCGGCUCGGAGACCUGCGGGAUGGCUGCCAGUACGUGGCCGCAGGCUCGGAAAGGUUCAAAAGCCUUGACGUUUUCCGCAACGGGGAUUUGCUGAGCCCGCCUUUCCGCCUGCCGCUGCCCGGGAGCGCCUUGCCGGAGCAGGACGCGCUCCUCACGUUGCUGACGGAGAAAGUGACCGUGCGCGGCGGAGCUGUUCGCAAGCUCUGCAGGCUGGACGGAGCACAGGUGUGUGAGGCGGAGGAGCUGGUGAACGGUGGCUACUACGUGGCAGUGGGAGCUGAGAAGUACCAAAACCUGCCCUACCUGGAGCUGCUGGUGCCCCAGGCACCUGUGUACAGGACACCACGGAACCACCCACAUGGCAGGCGCAGAAACUCCUGUGAAAGGCUGGACAAUCGCAGAGCGCAGACCACAGAAGCUACAGAGAAAGACAAGAUCCCAGUUGCUUCUCCUCCACUGCAAAAGCCACCCAGAAAACCUCAUCCCCAGGACGAAGAAUCUCUUUUCUAUGCUAGACCCGUCCGUGCAGGACAAAACAGGAAGAAUAACACGAAUGUGCAGCACUGGCCAGCUGACCAAGGAGUUGUUUAUAAGGCCAAAGACCCCAGGAGGGAGACGCGAGGUGCCCGUGAAGUAAAGGAGGAUGAACACACGAAGGUGGAGGUACCCAUUGAUCAGUCAGGCUCGACGCUAGGUUUAUAA